CGUGAAUGUUCGUCUACAGUGUCUACAGCUUUAGCGAUUCUUGUCUUAACUACCCGCUGGACAGCUGGGUACAAUCGAGCAGGAUCGACGCCCCCGCAUUUGGGGCAGCAGCGAGAGGAACACGUGGCCGUCGAAGAGAUUCUGGAAUGAUGGCAAAUCUGCAGGAGGAGGGCGGUGGACAUUAAUUUGCCACAGCCAAUUAAUUUACUCUUCAGGGAAGCCUCAAGCCUCUGCUUUCCGAUGGAUGGCGCCCACUUUGCUAACCGGCAGCGCGCUUGAAAACUUCCUUCCCGGCGUCCCUCCUCCUCCUCCUCCUCCUCCUCUCCUCUCUUCCCCAGUAGGGGUCGGUUGGGAAAGGGCCCCGCGCUUCCCGGGUCGUCCUUCGGAGCGCCUGCUCCACCUGCAGAGGCUGAGGCAUUUCUAAGCCACACGCUGGCGAGCGCCCAGGUUCCCGUUCCCGAGAGCAAGCGAGGAAGGACGCCAGGUGGGAGAUCCGCGGAGCUGCCCGGCGCUUGGCUUACAGGUCGACACCCGCAGGCAUGGACAGCGCCUCCAGCCUGCACACCCAGUGCCAGAAAGCGCCGCCGCUGCUGCUGCUGGCGACUCUAGACCGGCUCUCGCCUCGCUACUGCUGCUGUUGCUGAAAGGGCGAUCGCGGCUGCUGCUACCUCUUGGCUCGCUCCCACCUCCCUUCCCUUUCGGAUGGACGCCGCGAAGUAGCUGCUCUGCUGUGCUCUGCUCUCUCCCCCCGCAGAUGCAAGCAGGGAUCGCUGAUUCCCUUCCCUCUCCAGUCUGGAGCUCUCCACAGAGACUCCACAGAGCCGAGCGCUUGGAAUCCUCCGGAGUGCAAGUUGCGACUCUUAAGCAAUGGGCGCCGCGGUCGGAAGUCAGCGGGCAAGCGCCUUGCCACGGCGGCGCUUCUCUUAACUGCGUGGAUUGGAAAUAUUUGGGAAACAAGUUUCCAGAGGCGGUUCUGGGAGUUGAAAGUCCAGCGUUCCAGUGAGAGCGAGCAUGUGAGCAAUGGCAAUUAAAGUCGGCUGUGACAUUUUGGGUAUCGGCAAGGGGAGCCUUGGUUUCUGGGACUGGAAGUAGAGGCUUGUCAAUGUCACUACUUGCCCUUGGAACUCACUUCUCUUCAUCCAAGGAAGUGUUUGAUGCAUCCUGUUGUUUCUUUUCAACUUGGCCAUAAAGGAUCAAGAAGAAUCAUGACUGAAAAACUCUGUGGAUGGCUACCAGUUUUCCUCUCAGCAUUGCUAUAUCAAGUCUUCAAGUGACAAAUAUCUCUUGGUGCCAUAGCACAUGGAUUUCAGGACUACAUGUGAAGAGACAAAGACAGGGAUUUGUUUGCUGCAGGAUGGUAACCAGGAGCCUUUCAAAGUGCGGCUGCACUUAGCCAAAGAUAUUUUGACGAUUCAAGAGCAAGACGUGAUCUGUGUCUCUGGUGAACCUUUCUAUUCUGGUGAAAGGACUGUAACAAUUAGAAGACAAGCUGUAGGAGGAUUUGGAUUAAGUAUAAAGGGCGGAGCGGAGCAUAAUAUUCCAGUGGUUGUUUCCAAAAUUUCAAAAGAACAACGAGCGGAACUCUCAGGCUUGCUGUUCAUAGGAGAUGCAAUUCUACAGAUUAAUGGAAUUAAUGUAAGAAAAUGCAGGCAUGAAGAAGUGGUCCAGGUUCUUCGGAAUGCUGGAGAAGAGGUGACCCUAACUGUAUCCUUUCUCAAAAGAGCACCUGCAUUUCUCAAAUUGCCCCUCAACGAAGACUGUGCAUGCAUUCCUAGUGAUCAAAGCAGUGGUACUUCAUCGCCUCUGUGUGAUAGUGGUUUACAUCUUAACUACCAUCCCAAUAAUACGGACACACUUUCAUGUUCUUCAUGGCCUACGUCUCCAGGGCUUAGGUGGGAGAAGAGGUGGUGUGAUCUCCGAUUAAUCCCGCUUCUUCACUCCCGGUUUUCCCAGUAUCUCCCAGGGUCAGAUAUGUGCAGGCAGAAUGCAUUUCAAGUAAUUGCUGUGGAUGGCAUUUGCAGUGGAAUAAUUCAGUGUCUCUCGGCUGAAGACUGCAUUGACUGGCUACAAGCAAUAGCAACGAAUAUUUCCAGCCUCACAAAGCACAAUAUUAAAAAAAUCAACAGGAAUUUUCCCGUAAACCAGCAGAUAGUCUACACAGGCUGGACAGAAGAACGGGAACAAGAUUCUCUUCAGGACAGAAUGUAUACACCAAAGUUUCUAGCGUUGAGAGGUUCUUCACUUUACAAAUUUAUAGCACCUCCAGUUACUACGUGGGACUGGACACGAGCCGAAAGAACAUUUUCUGUAUAUGAGAUUAUGUACAAAAUUCUCAAGGACAGUGAUCUACUGGAUCGUCGAAAACACUGCUUUGGUGUCCAGUCUGAAACGGGAGAGGAUCUCUACUUUUCUGUGGAAUUAGAAUGUGACCUCAUAUUAUGGGAAAAGGCCUUCCAAUCAGCAACUUUUUUAGAAGUGGAACGAAUACAGUGCAAGACAUAUGCCUGUGUUCUGGAGAGUCAUCUUAUGGGGCUUACCAUAGACUUUGGCAUGGGUUUCGUAUGCUUUGAUGCUGCAACAAAGGCUGUACUAUGGCGGUACAAGUUUUCCCAGCUUAAAGGGUCUUCAGAUGAUGGCAAGAGCAAAAUCAAAUUCUUGUUCCAAAAUCCAGAUACUAAACAGAUUGAAGCAAAGGAGUUGGAAUUUUCCAACCUGUUUGCAGUCCUGCAUUGUAUCCACUCCUUCUUUGCGGCCAAAGUGGCCUGUUUGGACCCACUCUAUGUUGGCAGUCAGGCCACAGCUGCUGCUGCUACUGCUGUUACUGCUGCUACUACCACUGGUGCUGCUGUUGCUACAUCUUCUGGCACUAGCAAAUUGAAGUAUACGACUUGAUGGCUCCCAUUUCUGCACUUUCCACUUUCCAGGAGUACAUGAGACUAUGUAUACAAAACAUUCAUCAGACAGGUCUCUCGGAGAACAAACAGCAAACAAGAGAACUGACUCAAGAGACAAGUGGCAGUUGUCCAGCAGAGUAUAGUCACGUGGGAUUGUGAAUCAAGUCUCAAUUUUACAAGGCAUCGGUACAUAAUCCAAGCAGAAAUCUCUGAAGUGGAUGAAGAUGCUUUUAUAGUAUAAUCUGAUUGUGUUUUGAAUGACACUGGAAACAAAAGAAGCAGAAAUCAACGAAUGACACAGUACUGCACUUAAGUAUUUAAUACAACUUUCAAAUCUCCACAAUAAUAGACAUUUUCUUUCCAGAUGUUUUUAUAUGACAACCUACCAAGUUCUGGAUCAGAACUAAUUUCCUCUUGCUAGACUAUAAAUGGCAAGCAAAGAGGGAUCGGUGUGUAGCAACAAGGAAGCGAAUGCAAAAAGAUGCUACUGUAUCUCCUUAGAAAAGAAAGCACCUUAAGUACUGUUGCAAGUUCAUAUUUGUGCCCUUUUGACAUAGAAUCAUCUUCAUUCUUAAUUUUGGUUCCAUCCCAUUAUCAUAAUGAUAAUAGUAUAGCCAUAUUAGGUCAACAUGUUUUAAAAAAAGGAAAUAUAAGCAUAAUGAAGCCAUCUGCUAUUGAAGCCUAUAGUACUUAAGCCACUUAGCUCUUGCUCUCACGAACAGCAAAUGAGGUGGAAAUUCUGUAAUUCUCAAAUUGCAGUUUGGGGCUCACAAAAUUCAGUGUUCUGUGAUACAGGCAGUAGCAGCCAGUGGGGAGGGGGGGAGGCAAGGCAUCAGAGAGCUCGGGGUGGUGCAGGCACAGUGCUGGGCAUGUUGGAUUGCCUCCGCUGCUGCUCCACCAUACCUGCUCCUCGCUGCCUUGCCAUCCCUACCCAGUAACCAGUAGAGAUGCAUGCCUUAGGGAAACCAAGUCAGAAACACAGCACACACAGCCACCACAUGCUGCUGCACCAGCCACUCCUGCAUAUGGGGAGGGAGGAAUCACGGUGUGUAGUGAACUCGAUGUGAGCAUGAAUGGUGGUAGCAUAGUCUUCAACAAGACAUGCUAAUUUUCUUACUGUGUCAAUAUUUUUCAUGGAGAAUCAUCACAUCUUGAUGAGCCUUCACCUCAUAGCCUAAAGUGGUAGAGGUUAAACACAGGUCCACCUGUUUUUUUGUGAGAUCUAGGCCUCAAUUCUGGAGUAAUUACAUUGAGCUAAUUAGAACUACCCAGAAAUUGUUGUUUGAGGAUCAUGGUCUUAAGCCAACAAAACCUUUUCCCCUUUUCCCUUUGCUUUCUGUCUACAUAUAGAUUCUCCAUUGUUAGUAAAAAUCUGUUAACAUUCAGAAUUGUUUUAAUUAUGAAUGAAUUACAAAACCAAUGUUAAACCUGUUUAAUUAUGUCUUUUAUUAUUCAGUUUUAUAGUGAAGUGUCUUUUAAUCUGCCAGGCUUUGUUCUCAAAUCCCAAGUAUUAUAUUUUGUUACAGGCACAAUAAAGGUCGCACAAGGCUUCACUUUUAAAUUUGAUUUUCAUAUUACCAACAGGAAACCAAGAAAUAGAAUUCAUUUACUCUUUUGUAUUUUAAUUAACAGCUGUUAAAAAUGACCUUACAAAAAAGCAAGCUUUCUUGUAGGUUAAAUGGAACAUCCCAAUUUUUGAAGUGAAACUUGGAAAGUUUUAGCAAACUCUUAAAAUGGCAUUCAGUGUUGUGUCAUGUAAAACUACCCCACAGGGUAAGACAAUAAGCCCUUUUCGGAUAUUUUAUGUAGGAGGCCAGCAGGUUUUGCCUCCACUGUUCAUGCAUUCAUUGUACCAUUUGCAAAGACCUCCAUACAUACAGCUGACAUGCAGAGGAUUCUUCAUCUGUUCGGCAACUCUGGAAAAGCAGCAUGCUAUUAUAAGAGAGCCCUCUUUGCAUGCACUGGGGUCUUUUCAGAUAGUAUAAGAAACGCUCAUACAUUGGGAGGCAGAGCCUUCCGCUGAGAUAUACCGUAACCCCUCCCACAUGCACUGAUUUCAUCUGUAAAAUGUCUGAAAAGGGUAAUAUGCUUUACAUGUAUUUUUAAGAAUUGUAUUUUAAUGAUGAAUCUAUAGAAAGUGUAAAAUUUGAUCUAUGUACAGUGUAUAUAACACUGAUCAGGUUCCAAAGAGCCAUUAGGAAACAUUCUCUCUCUCUCUCUCUCUCUCUCUCUCUCUCUCUCUGAAAUGAGUUUACUUUUGCACUGAGUACAAUCCAGUGCACAAUUAUGUAUAUAAGCCAGAUUCAAAUCCAUGCAAAUAAGUAUUUUCAACCAUGCAGAUUGUUCCCUAUGGCCCUUAACACCAAGGAUAGGCAACAUGUGGUCCUUGAUCUAAUUUCCAGUGGGAAAUGAGGUAACAGAAGGAGAGAGAUAGAAAAUAGUGGCCAAAAGGGAGGGAAAGGGAGUUGGCUUCACCCACUCUUGCCUCCAGUUUCCCCAUUGGUGCCUGCAGUCUCAUCCACUACCAGCAUGCAGCCUCCAACAUAUUACCCCUGAGACAAAGUGGCCCUCAACAGAAAUAAGACUUGUCCAUCUCUGCCUUUUGUGCAGAACCGUUCAGGGAGAUUUGAGAUCUAUACAUGCAGAGUCCUAUACCUAUAUUUACUUUCCAGAAAAGCUGCCUCAUCUCUGUCCCUCUUACUGUAAGUUGCUUUGCUGGAGUUUUCUUUGGGGCAUGAAUUUUAAAAGUCCCAUUGCCCAUGUGUUCACGGGAUAAAAUGAGGUGGGGCAAUGCUAUACAGUGGAACCUUGGCUCCUGAACACCCUGGGAGCCAAACAUUCCGGCUUCUGAACGAAUGAAAACCGGAAGUAAUUGUUCUGGUUUUGAAAUGUUAUUUGGAAGCCAAACACCCAGUGCGUCUUCUGAUUGGCUGCAGAAAGCUGCUGCAGCCAAUCAGAAGCCAUGCCUUGAUUCCCGAACUGUUUCAGGAAUUGAACAGACUCCUGGAACGGAUUAAGUUUUGGAACCAAGGUUCCACUGUACUAUCUUAAACUGAAGUUUGUAACUGACAGUUUUCAUUUCGCAUAUACAUGUAGCACAUAUACAUUUUAUACCAGAAUGGUAACCUGCUGCUACUUAACAAUCCCCGUGCAAUAUUUUUAUGAACUAAUCAUUCAAUAAUUUGCAGUUCUUGCUGAAAUUAGCUUUGAAGGAAAUAACUGAGGUUAAGAAGGAAACAGUGACUACAUUUGGUGUUACUUGGUCCAAAGUAUCCAUAAGAAUGAGUCACUAAUUGCAAGCAUUAUAUUAGAACUUCAUAGGAAGGUUGUCUGGGGGGUAAUAUUUCAUAAAUCAUGGUGGAAUCCAAUUAACACUGUGCUAGCUCAUACCAGUGAAUCAAGCAUGCAACACACACACAGUUUUCCCUGCUCACACAAGAUAUAUCAUUCCUCUGCCCACCAAACAGGCUCUUGGAGCCAAUCCCAGGCUCAAAUGUUCCAACUCAUCAACUUGGACUUUGAAGGAAAGGCAGGAUGUUUAAAUGAAUAUGAAAAUAUGUAUUGAAUUCACAUAACUAGUAUCAUGGUUCUGUGGAUCCUUCAUUAGCAUGCAGCAUGUUGAGAAUCAUGCAAUAGAGUCAGUAAUAUUUUAAAAUUCAGAGUUUUAGCCAGAAUGUGACCUAAGCAUCUCAAAAGACCACACACACACAUCACAUUGCCAAUUUGUGCAUCAAAUCCAAUUCAUAAAUCUAUUCAAUAUUGUUUCCAGCUACAAAUUCAGAUAUGUGUGAGAGUAUAGAGAUACAAGAUGAAUCUUGUACAAGGUGGCAUAUUUGAAUUCUCUAAGCUAGGAACCAAGGUAUUCCAAGUACUCCAUGUAAUCUAAAGGCUCUGUUGUGAAAAUGUGACAAUAGAGAGAUCUGAACAGUUAGCAUUAGAGCCCCAAGUCAGUACUGGUAGCAAAAUCUUGCCUGCUGACUUCACAAGAAUCAAUGGCAAGCAAAGUACAUGGUGCUUUUAUUUCUCAUGCACCUUAGAAUAGUAAAGUCACUUGCUCACUUUGAAGCUGCUAUGGGGAUUAGUACUCAUUAAUGGGAAUGAUCAUGAUUGUGCCUUAAAAGUAUCAGUCUUGCUACACUAUUACAGUAAUCCUCAUACUAAUAGCUUCUCAUAAUGGCAACUAAACUGCCUACUUUCUGAAGCCAAAAGCAAAAUUCUUGAAACUAUAACAGACCAAAAGAUAACAUAGAUUACAAAUGGGUCUGCUAUAUAAUUAGGAGAUGACUCAUGUAGUUGUAUUUUUCAAACAAUAAUGGCUACCUUGUGGCAGCUUAGAUAUCUGGCAUCGUUAGGGCUGCCUUAUUUAUUUGUACCUGUCUUUGGGAGGCAAGUAUGGAUGUGAUAAGUUCACCCUUUGAUUAUUAUUAUUUUGAAUGCUGUGGUUUCCUUUAGAAACUACUACAAAAAUGAGGAAGCUGCUGAACUCAAGGUAUUCAUUAAAAGUAUUUUUGGUACCAUAACAAAUGCAUCUUCAAGAAAAGCUUAUAACACAGAAAAGUAGAACUCAAGAUUCUUAUUUUUAAAUACAUAUGGUCACUCAUGUGAAGUAAGAAUGUGACUUAUACUGAGUCAGGUAGCUUCAAGGCCUUGCUACCAGAGAUCUAUUUAGCUGGAGGUGCUGGGGAUGGCUCCUGAGACCUUCUGUAUGAAAAAUGUGUUCUACCCUCAAGCUAUAGCUCUGACUGGUGUAAGUGAGUUAAGGGUGGGGAUUGCACUCAUUUUGUGAAAGCAUCCAUUCAUAUAAUGCAAAGUGCCAUGGCAGAAUCAUGAGAGAGUCUGCUUUUUACAUAUUGUUUACAGUUGUGCGUGGCCCAGAUUAUCCUGAAUAUACUAUGCAUGUGGUAUUCAGUCUACAGUUUGGUGAUACUUACUACAUAAUUUCUUAAGCUAAUUCCAGUAAGCAGAUGGUCAACUGAACUAAAUUCUGGUGGCACGUCUAAACAUAGCUGUUCAACAUUAUAUAUGAUAUGUGAAUCUAAAUGCAAUCCUGGGGUCCAUAUGGACCAGAGCUGUGCCAUUGCUUGUUAUGUCUUUUUAGCUUUUCCAGGCAGUAGCUCCCAGUGUACUGGCUCAUGCCCUGUGACUAUUAAAAAAAAACCACAACAACAUAGAAAGGGUUCAAAUCAGUUGGGUGAUUUUUAAGUUCACACCACCUGUUGCCAGGGAAUAUGAUAAAGAACGCCCUGAGUAUAUGCAUUCCUGAGAACUUUGGUCUACAACUGAUGAGUCAUAUCCUGACCAAAUGUGGGUCACAGCAGUGACAUCACCACUGUGUGUGUGUGUGUUUAGGAGAAAAAAUAAUGUAUUUGGUUACAACAAAUGACCCCUUUUAUAGAAUGGGGAACUUCAUCAAGAGCUUCAUCUUUUUUCAUCACUAGAUGAGGAAACUACAUCUACAAAAAAUUCAUCUUCCUGUCCAACAUUUAAAUCAGGGCAAGGAACCCUGUGGCCCUGCAGAUGUUGUCAGACUCCCACUGCCAUCUUUCAUUAUCAUUGGCCAUGGUGGCUGGGGCUGAUAGAAGCUGGAGUUGAACAACAUCUGGAGAAUCACAGCUUUCCCGGAGCGAACAUAAAUGUACAUUAGUCCCCCUGCUUUCUCUCCUUAUAUCUGAUUGCAGGAAGCUAGACAUAUAUGGUUUAGAAAUAUUGAAGUGGGUCCCCUGUUGCUGGAUGUAGCUAAAGCUGGGUUGUGAACCUUAAAAUCUGACAGCUAUUGCCCCAUGGACAUUGGGACCAUGGGGACAUGCAAUAGCUUGCAUGAAAGCUCUGCGAGUUGUGUGUAAUGAAAAUAUGGAAUAUGAAUAUCCUGCAGAUAAUAUUGUACUGGAAAGAUAAACAACCUUUUCCAUAUAAUGGGGCAUGAUUCUUUAUAAGUUGCACAGCUGUAUUUUGGGGUUGUAAUUGCCAGCAGAAACUCUGUGUAAAAACUAGGCUAGGAUCCUGUAAGCAGCAUGCAUGAGCUCAAAGCACACUCCUGCAUGGGGGUGGGGGUGGACUGCCUGUUUUUCCUUCCCCCCCACCACUUCCCCCUGAAGCAUCAUAUACUGCUCUUGAGGGUUCCCCAAUUCUCAAGAAAGCUUUUGUGGGGAAGCAGAAAGGGGAAGGAGCUGGAAAUGGACUGGAAAGCCACAUGCAGCCUUUGGAUCCAAAUCUAAUUAGAUAGAGCUAUCUCAAUGAGAAUAGCUUGGUAAUCCUUAACUUGAAACUUGGGGGUUGUUUUGUCGUAUCAAUCUAAAUUGUUAUGAAAAAUUUGUAAAAUGCAACUGCCGCACAUUAUUCUGCUUCAAGAACCACUCACAAAACAUAGAUUGAAUAUUAUCCUCUGAAGAUUCAAGGCAUUGUUCUAAUAAACCUUGUUUCACCAAGUAUUGAUCAGAUAACUCAGUGUGCUUUAGUAUAGGUAAUGAUGGGAAUUGUAGCCUCUCUUCAACUUUUCAGAACCACUCAUAACCAGCAAUCUUCAUGAUUACAUCUCAAGCUAUGUUGUUUUACCCAGAGGAGUGAAAGGAAUCGGUGCCUAAAGAUUUUGAAGUUCCUAACUGAAAAUAGCAAAGGAAAUCAAGAUAGGUAGACUUGAAUGAAUUAUCUGCAUGCAUAUGUUUCACUUUAGAACUUACUCUCUCUCUCUCUUUUUGGUAUGCAUCCAUAAAAGACAUCCAUGGAGCACAGGGCAGUUGAAGGUGGUUUUUAAAAUGUCUGGGGGAGAGGGGCCUCAUUCCUAUGCUGGCAAAGUAUUUGAAUACAUGUGUAACUCCAUGCAUGUGUUGUAAUGACUUCCACCAGUAGGAAUAAUCUUGUGCAUGCUUUUAAAGGCUUACAUGAAUCAUGUUCUAGAGAGAUAACAAAAAGUAUUUAGUAUUCAUGGAGAGAAAAAAAUGGCCAGUCUUAGGAAAUGAAAUCCUUGUGAAAGUGACCAGAGAUUUCAUUCUGGCCAAAACCCAUUUAUUGAAAUUGGGGAAAAUGUGUUU